GAUGGAUAGAUAAAUCCGCAGAUGAGUAAGGGAAUGGAAACAGAAUAUAGAUACACAGACAGAUACGUUUGCAGACAGAUUGUGGCUUCGUGUUUCUUGCAGUUCCUAGUCAUGACUGUUACGGUCACUCCGUGAGUCAGCCCAGCAGCCCAGGCGUAUGGAACUCAGUCAGCACCGGCAGCCCGUUCGGACCGGAUCCACCGUGCGUCCAGCCGAGCUGCACCGACAGCGACUCCGAGGACGACACCGCGGCUCCCGGCACUACACGAUGACAGUCAUGGUCGCUGUUUUUAUCCCCCUCCACCUUGCUCAAAUGAAGAGAUUUGUUUUACUUGAGUAAUAUAUGAAAGUGUAUCUCUCUAGUAUAUACAUCAAAAGAUGAACCAAAUAUAUAAUGCCCAAAUAACCAUAUUCUAUUUAUUUUUACUAUUUAAAAUAACGUAGCUCUGCUUCAUAAUUCUGUUUUUUGUUGUAUAAACCAAAUGCAACGAAACAGGCUAUUCCUCUUGACGUGACGAGAAUAAACACCUAACGUGCAAGCCUCGCGGUGUUUGGGUGACUUCCCGCGAGAGUUUGCGGAUUUCGGACAGCGUAGAGGGCGAAAUGGAGAUAUGAGGUCUGAAAAGGAGCAGAGGACGGGAAGCAGGGAGAGAGGCAGCGUGGAGAUCCAGUUCAGGGAGUGUCAGAGGGAGCAGGACAACGCCGCGGUGAACCCGAGGCACAAGGAGGAGAAAAAGGAGAUCUUCACCAAGGUUGUCAUACGCCGACUGCCACCCAGUCUAUCAAAAGACCAGCUCGAGGAGCAUCUGAGUCCUCUUCCAUCUUUUGACUAUUUCGAGUUCUUCCCCGCUGAUCAGAGCUUAUACCCACAUCUCUUCUCAAGAGCAUACAUCAACUUCAAAAACCCAGAGGAUAUCAUUAUUUUCAGAGAUCGCUUUGAUGGCUAUGUAUUCAUUGACAAUAAAGGCCAAGAGUAUCCAGCUGUUGUAGAAUUUGCUCCAUUUCAGAAGGUUUCCAAGAAAAAGUUAAAGAAGAAAGAUGCCAAAGCAGGAACUAUUGAAGAAGACCCAGAAUACAGGCGAUUUCUGGAAAAUUACUCUUGUGAUGAGGAGAAAUCAAUGGCAAAUCCAGAAACACUCCUGGGAGAGAUUGAAGCUAAAACCCGAGAACUCAUAGCCAAAAGGACAACACCUUUGCUGGAAUACAUCAAAAACAAGAAAUUAGAGAAACAGAGAAUAAGAGAGGAAAAAAGAGAGGAGAGGCGAAGGAGGGAACUGGAAAAGAAGCGACAGAGGGAGGAGGAGAAGCGGAAGCGCAGAGAAGAGGAGAGACGAAAGCGAAAGGAGGCUGAAAAGCAAAAGAAGCUCUCUGAAAAGGAGAUAAAGAUCAAGCUUUUGAAGAAAUGUGAUCGAGAUGAUGACGUGGACUCAGACAGACUGAAAGAUAAAGGAGACAGCGGAGAAACAGAGAAGAACAGAUGGGAAAAGCCAGCAGGACACACUAAGUCGAAGGAUUCCAAGGAUAAUAGGAGUCAAAUCGAGAGUGACAAGGAGCAGCGGGAAGGUCACGGCCGUCGCCAGAGGGACAAAGAGCAUCGCGGCAGAGAUGAGGAGCGCAAACGACAGAGGCAUCACUACGAGUUUGACAAAUUCAUGCGACGCAAGGAGGAGACCAAAUGGGGUAAAGGCUACUGCCAGGACAGAGCCAAGAAAGACCAACAUCAUGGCUAUUCUUACUGCCCAGAGACCGGAGACAAACUGGGCAAGGAGGAUCGAGAGGACAUGGGCAGCAGGAAAGAACGGAUUCGCAAUAAGUCUGUGUUAGUGCAUCAGGAGAAAAGGACUUCCCAGUCUGAGGGGCCAGACCAGAUAGGAGGGGCUCUGCCAGCAAAGGACCGACCGGCAAUGCAGCUGUACCAACCUGGUGCUAGAAACCGCAAGCGAAUGGGCUCUGGGAACAAGACAUUUGACUUCCCACCAAUCUCUCCUGAACACGGAGGAGAACACUGCUACAAGACGGUCAUUGGAACAGGCUCAGAGAAGAGUGCCGAUGAGUGAAAAAAAGACCAAGACAGGAAGAAGUCUACUUUCAGAAGCAAGGGUCAUGCCAGUAUGGAAAGAACAGUCAAGAUCAACCUUGUUUUCCGUCUCUUGAAUCUAUGUGUGAGUAUAGUGCAUUGAAAUCCCCACUUAAUAUUUUAUACACAAAGUCAGCAGUGUCAUAAAUCUAAACUGAUCGGCUUCUGAACGCUUAUCAAGGAUUCAUACCACUUCAGUGACAACAAUACCUCAGAUCAGAUUUGUAUGCCUUUUGUAGUGCAAGAAAUGGAUUCCGUUAAACAAAAGAAUAUAGAUAUAUAUAUAGAGAGAGAGAUUUUACUG